UAAAGAAGACAAAAGAAGAUACUUUAUUGUUGGAUCUGUCUACUUAGAGGUUGUUACUCCACUAUUUCAACAGAAGUUAGAAGGAAACUAUAAAGGCCUAAACUUCAGUUGUCUGAAAGAUUUUCUUGAUAAUAAGGCAGUUAUACACACCUUAUUUCACUUACGCCACAGACAUGCAAGAUGUUGUACAGAUAAGGAAAACUGCACCAACCAUGGAGCUCUACCUCUAAAUCAUCACCAAUGGAAAAAACUGUAUGUAGAAAAUCCAGGGCCUGGUAUACACAACUGUUUUUGUAAGUACACAGCUAAGACAGUCAAGCCAGAGGAACUUGAUGUGAGUUUGUGUGGUCUUUUACUGUAUAACUGCUGCAACAUGGGACACCUUGAUGAAGAAGCAGUCAAUAUUCUUCGACGAAAUAAAAAUGAUUAUUUGAGUCAUAACACAACAUGUGGUAUAAUUAAGGAUGAGUAUGACUCAUUGAUGGAUGAACUAAAGACCAAUGUCCUUCAACUUGACCAGACUAAAGAAGAUGAACUGAUAAGGAUACAGAAUAGACCACUGGAUGAAGCUCUGUGUAACAAAUACAUGACAACCCUUCUAAACAUCCAUGAGGUAUUGGAAAAGAUAGAUACAAAUACCACACAAAUACUGAGUAUUGUACACACCAAUAAUAUUAAACUACAGGAAUUUUUACAACAUUUGGCAACCCAGAGUUUCAAAGAUAAAACUGGAAAACAAGGAAAUAAUGAACAUCCAUUAAAACCAUACAUACUAGGACAGUCUAUCUUCACACUACACCACCAGACCGACCUGAAAUCAGUAGUAGUUGGUGGAGACUGGAGAGGAGGUGUGUCAGGAAUAGUGAUGAUGGAUGAUGGUAGACUGGUAAUGGGUUUACCUUACCAGGACAGACUACUCAUCUGUAAAACAGAUGAAUCACAGGUAGAUAUUAUAUAUGUACGGGGUAGCCCAUGGUGUGUUACAGCAGUCAGCAACUCUACAGUAGCUGUUACAUUGUGGAAAAGGGACUGUAUAGAGAUGUUUGACAUAAAUAAUAAACUCAAAGUUAAUUCAAUAUCAGUACCUGGAAUGAGGUGUUUUGGAAUUACAUCUAUAAACAACAAGUUAGUUGUUGGGGGUGAGUGCAGAAUAUUGAUCAUAGAUCAUCAGACAGGAGAGGUGGUACAGAUGAUACAGACUAACUUUAGUCCUAACAGGUUACAUGGUUCUUGUGACAGAAUAUUCUACUGUGAUAUCGACUUCUACAACAACAACAAGCUGUACUGGUACAGUUAUACUGAUGAUGCACAUCACAUCAUAUCAUUACCAUCAACACCCAGGAGGAUGACUACACUACAAGAUGGCAGUCUAUAUUUAUUGUGUAGGGAUGGAUCAAUACAACAUUUGUCGUCUGAUAGUGAACAGUAUAAACAAGUAAAUACAAUAGCAAUCUCCCCAUCAGAUGUUAAUAUACAUUAUAAUCUUAUACAAAGAAAACUAGUGAUCAGACAAACUGCUGGACUUGUUAAAGUUUUCAACGAGAAAUUUAAUUAAUAUGCUGAUUACUUCAUUUGAGAUACUUUAUACUAUCUGUCAAGUUUACACUGGUGAUUAUUUCUAUACUCAUGUUGGUCACUAAGUCUUCGAA